GGUGGCCGAGGGCCAGAUCCCCACCGUGGCGGGCGCGGGCAACCGCACGGGCGUCCCCGCUGGCGGCGUCGGGCCGGCGGCCCUCGCGUCCAGGUCCGCGCGGGUACGCAGCAUGUGGUGCGCGCGGGCACGCGUGGGGCUGCACGAAGCGAACAAGGCGCGCCCGCCUCGUCGAGGCGAGCGCGGCGUACCUGGACCUGCUGGCCAGGUCAGGGCCGGUCCCCCCCCCCUGGUCCCCAACGCGGCGUACCUGGACCUGCUGGUGAGGAACAGCCGCCUGGUCCCCAACGCGGCGUACCUGGAGCUGCUGGUGGCCCGCCCGAGCGAGGCGAGCGCGGCUCACCUGGACCUGCUGGUGAGGGACGGCCGCAAGGACCGGCCCGCGCGAGGGCAGGCCCGCCGCUCGGCCUGGCGCGCGGCCUGGCGCGCUACGGGCUGACAGGGGAGGA